GGAAUAUUCCACGUCUCGGCCAUUAGCCCCACCUGUCCGUGUCACACCGCUCCACGGAACGGAAGCCAUAGCCAAGCCGCCCCCAACUCCACAAACACCCGCAGACCAACGCACGCCGACGCCACCGCCACCGCCCCCGAAGCACAGACACGGCGCGCAUGGCGGCGGCGGCGUCGUUCCGCUGCUGCUUCCCCGGCUCCGCUAUCGGUGGCGGCUUCAUCAGGCCCUCCUCCUCCAGGCGGGGCCGACACGCAGCGGCCGUGGUGGCGCCGCCGCCUCCCGCUUCGCUGGGGAACCGAACACGCGUUGACUUCCCUAUCCUCCACCAGGAAUUUGAUGGUGCCAAAUUAGUUUAUUUCGACAAUGGUGCAACCUCACAGAAACCUUAUAGUGUAAUGAAAACAUUAGAUGAGUACUACAGAUCGUACAACUCGAAUGUUCAUCGUGGUAUUCAUGCACUCAGCGCGAAAGCUACUGAUGCAUAUGAGGGUGCAAGAACAAAAGUUGCAAAUUUUGUCAAUGCAGCUGAUAGCAGAGAGAUUGUUUUCACACGUAAUGCUACAGAAGCUAUCAAUUUGGUAGCCUAUUCAUGGGGUCUAUCUAACAUAAAACAAGGAGAUGAGAUUCUUCUUACUGUUGCGGAGCAUCAUAGUGCUAUUGUUCCAUGGCAAUUUGUUUCCCAGAAGACUGGUGCCACUUUAAAGUAUGUUGGGUUGACUAAAGAAGAGGUUCCAGACAUUGAGCAGUUAAAAGGGCUUCUGUCAAACAAAACAAAGAUAGUUGUUGUCCAUCAUGUCUCAAAUGUACUUGGUUCAAUGCUUCCUAUUGAGGAGAUUGUAACAUGGUCAAAAGGAGUUGGAGCUAAGGUUCUUGUAGAUGCUUGUCAAAGUGUUCCUCAUAUGCCAGUUGAUGUUCAGAAACUUGGUGCCGACUUUCUUGUAGCAUCCUCACAUAAGAUGUGUGGCCCUACAGGAGUUGGAUUUAUGCAUGGCACAUUUGAGAUCUUGUCAUCUAUGGAGCCUUUCUUAGGUGGUGGUGAAAUGAUUGCAGAUGUGUUCAAUGACAAAUCUACAUAUGCUGAGCCUCCCUCUAGAUUUGAGGCUGGAACUCCUGCAAUUGGAGAAGCUAUAGGAUUGGGAGCAGCAAUUGACUAUCUAUCAUGCAUUGGCAUGGAUCAGAUCCAUGAAUAUGAGAAAGAGUUGGCAACAUAUCUCUAUGAAAGCCUUAUUUCAGUUCCAAAUGUCCGGGUAUAUGGUCCAGCACCUUCCCAAACAGAUCACCGUGCUCCUUUAUGCUCUUUCAAUGUUGAGAAUGUUCAUCCUACAGAUAUUGCAGAAAUUCUUGAUCUCCAGCAUGGCGUAGCAAUUCGAUCAGGGCAUCAUUGUGCACAGAUUUUGCAUAGGACCCUUGGUAUCAAUGCAAGUGCUCGUGCAAGUCUUCACUUUUACAAUACAAAAGAGGAGGUGGAUGCUUUCAUCGAUGCACUGAAAGAUACUAUUCACUUCCUUACUUCUCAACACUAGUGCUGUUGAAUUAGUUAGUCCACACUUGUUGCCAUUUUCCUCAUUUCUUGUUUCAGCCAUUGUAUGAUAUAGUUGGAACUUGGAACGAGAAAAACAUCCAAAGGCUAUGCCUACAUAAAUUGUCAACUCCCUUUUUGACCGUUUUUGUAAAAGGAAGUACACAGUGCAGAGUACCUUUCUAAUCUCCAUCCAUAUGAGAAAUGAAGUCCCUGGUCGGCAUUAUGCAGUAAAAUAUGUCAUGUUUGCUUGUUGGACA